AUGGGCAAGAGAGCUUCGGCCGCCUCCCCGAAACUUGCCGCCGGCAAGAAGAAGGCUGCCAGCGCCAGGAAGAGCUUCAAGGAGAUAUGCAAGCAGAUGGAGGACCCUGAUGCCACGUUGGUGCAGCUGGAGGACGCCAAGCGCGGCAAGAGCCGGCGGGCCUCGAAGGACUCAGUCGAAACCCAGGCCCUUGAGAUGGCGAAGAAAUGCAUCAAGGACAACUUCGGCACUUUGUCGGAGUCCGAGAUAUACAAGGUCAGCGUGAAUGGGGAAACGCUGUGGGACGUGAUUUACAAUGACAAGAUGAAGGCAGCCAACAAGGACCCUGAUACGCCCAAGUUUGGGAAAGGGUACUUCCAUGAGAAGCGCGCCCUGUACAGCCGGGGCGAGAUUGCCCAGAACCUGGAGCCAGACAAGGACGAGGACAUCAACGACGCGCUGUACGAUGGAGUGGACCAGUCCCGGGAGAAUCCCCCCAGGAGGGACAAACUGAUCUUGUAUUGCAAAACAAGCACGCACUUGUGUAACCAGACCGAGGCCAUCGGCCUCAUCCAGCACUCCUUCGAGCUGAAACCGACCGCUGCGACCUUCAAGCUGAACGUGGAGAUCGGUAACUACAUGGUGAGGGCCCGCGUCCCGGAGCGUUUCCAGAAAGAGCGGGGGGUGUACGCGUGCCAUUUGGACUCCGUCCUCGCGUUCGGCUAUGGGCACUUGAGGCCGAAAGGUUUCGGCUUGAAGAUGUUCUGUGAGACCUACCAGAAGCUGAUCGAGAGGGUCUUGCCUUGGGACGCCGUCUCCAGGCUGUUGGUUGCGAAGGGUUCAUGGGACGGCCACGAGGACGACAUCGAGGCCGUGACAGGCUUCGCAAAUUCAGUGUUGGGCGAAAAGUUAUUCGGUUUCGCCCGCACGGCGAAUUGCGGAUCGAGGGUCGGGGUUUUGAUCCAGGAGGAUAUCCAGAAGCACCUGGAGUCUGGCGCGAUGACGUUCGACGCUGUGGCCGCCGUGCGCGAGCGUCUGACGGCGAAGAUGCAGGACAAGUUCACGAAGGCGGACCUGGAGCGGCCCAAGCUUGCAUCAGUUCCAUACAUCAGGGGCGUGGCUGCGAAGGUCGAGGUCGCCAACGCGUGGGAGGAGCUGAGCGUGCGGCUCGACACCUACAUCAAGGUGCAGGCGUUGAGGUCGCACAAGCCCGGCGACCUGGAGAAGCGGCCGUUGCUGACGGCUUUAUUUUGCGAGCUCGACCUGUGCCCCGUCGACGACAUGGUUGCCAGGGUCUUCGACGAGGGCCUGCUGGACCCGUUCGAGAGCGUCCGGAAGACAUCGAACUCCCAGGCCAAAAUCUCCAGGGCGAUCUCCGUUGCGAUCCAGGCCGAAAUCUCCACGGCGAUCUCCGCCAAGAUCCUGGGUAAAAUGUCCAGGGCAAUUUCCUCCGCAGUCUCCGACGCG